AUGCAGGUGCAAGACUUGAAAGAUCAAGUUGGUGACAGAGCCACUAAUCGAGAUACUCUUCCUCUUUCGAUUGGUGACUCUUCGUGUCGAUAUACCAUCGUCUUUGGUGUUCUGACCUGGUCAUUGGCUGCCCCUCGUUACUGGUCCAUUGACCUCUUUACCAGUGGUUCUGCCCUUCCAGUUAUUCUAGGACUGUUUGUUACCUAUCAGGUUCUUCUACAUCGGACCCCUGAGGCGGACACACAAACAUAUAAAGCUUGGAGUGCAUGGUUGAUCCUACUACUACUUGGAAUCGCUACCUUUCGCCAUUUGCUUUCAAGUAUCGUUUACUAUUCCUCCCUCUUCCAGGAGAUGGUCAAGGCAUGA